CGCCACGGCCCCGCCGCCGCCCCGGCGGGCAGGAAGGAGGUGAAGAUCGUGAUCGUCGGGGACGGCGGCUGCGGGAAGACAUCGCUGCUCAUGGUGUACGCGAAGGGCGCCUUCCCCGAGCAAUACGCACCGUCUGUCUUUGAGAAGUACACCACCAGCAUCACGGUGGGCAGCAAGGAAGUCAUCCUGAAUUUGUACGAUACCGCAGGGCAGGAGGACUACGAUCGGCUACGACCACUUUCUUACCAGAACACAAACGUCGUCUUAAUUUGUUACGAUGUCAUGAAUCCCACUAGCUAUGAUAAUGUAGUAGUUAAGUGGUAUCCUGAGGUGAGUCACUUCUGCCGCGGGGCCCCUCUCGUCCUGAUCGGCUGCAAGACAGACCUGCGGAAGGACAAGGAGCAGCUGCGGAGGCUGCGGGCCUCUCAGCAGGAGCCCAUCACCUACAGCCAGGGAGAAACAGCUUGUCAGCAGAUUAACGCAGAAGUUUAUCUGGAGUGCUCAGCAAAAUGUCGUGAAAACGUAGAAAAUGUUUUUAAAGAAGCAACAACCAUUGCACUAAAUGCCAUGAAAAAAGCCAAACGGCAAAAGAAACGGACAGUGUGCUCAAUGCUCUGA